UGUUCAACUCUACAAAUAUUGCUUUGUCUUUCCCUUUCCCUUUCCCCUGCUUUUCUGGGUCUUCGCGAUCUUUCUGCUCUCUCCGAUUCUUCCUCCAUUUCCAACUUGUCCGCUUCAAACACACUCCAAAUCUCACGCACCUCUUUCUUCUCUUCCUUCACAUUCCCCUCUCCUUCUUGUCCGAACCCAUUUGAGCCAUUCUUCUUCCAUUCCCAGUUUCUGCUUCAAAGCUUCAAAACCCACAUCCCAUCCUUAACCUUCGAUCCAAAUUUGAAAACUUUCUUUCUGGGUGUUGCGGAAAAACGCAAACGCGCUUUCUGGGGUGCCGUCAAAACAACGAUUUCACUUGUUGCUAUAUGUACUUUUAACUUUUGUUGUUGUUGUUGUUGUUGUUGUUGUUAUUGUCUUUGCUGUUUUCACUUUUUUAAUCUGAAAAGUUGGGAAGUGCACUGGAUUACGCAGAUCUGCACUUUAUGGACAUGUGUCUUGUAGCUAUUACUCCAUAAUAAUAUACAAAGCGUGUGUUGGUGUUUGUGUUUGUGUUUGUGUGUGAGAGAGAGUUUCCAAGUUUUCUUUCUCAUCUUAUCUCUUUGUUGAUUUGAUGAUUGAAGCUGAGUCAGUCAUUGCCAUUUUAGCUAUCUCAAUCUAAAAAGGGCAUAAUUGUCAGUGGUGGGUGGUCUAGAAUUUUCCAAAAAGAGAAGAAUUUUGAUUGAGGGUGAAGGAGUUGUAGAGAGGAAGAUCUUGAAGGGGUUGGAGAAUUUUUGUUGUUGUGUUUUCUGUAGAUUUUGUUGUGACGGAUUCUUCAAGGGAAGAAGGUGGUGGUGGUGGUUGUUCAGCUGGUCUGGAGUGCAUUAUAGGCAUUCUCAGGGCCCUCAAGAUGGGGUCCUGCUUCUCUGCGGAAAGCAGGAGCCCUCAUCCCAAUUCACCUGGGAAGCGGAAGAACUCAAAGAAGAGGCUUGGAUCAAGGACCUCUUCCUUUGAGUAUUGGAGGAAUGAGCCACUUCAUAGGAUUGCUGACAGGAUUUUCCUCAAUGGCUCAAGCCAAGUUGCCUCCUUGUUCACCCAACAGGGAAAGAAGGGCACCAACCAAGAUGCCAUGAUUGUUUGGGAGAACUUUUGUUCUAGACAAGAUACAAUUUUCUGUGGAGUUUUUGACGGACAUGGUCCAUAUGGUCACAUGGUUGCGAAAAAAGUGAGGGAUUCUCUUCCUAUGAAACUGAAUGCCCAUUGGGAAUUUAAUGCAUCUGGUGAGGAAUCCCUCAAGGAGCUUACCAUUAAUACUGUAUUAAGCAUGAACUCAGAAGAAACUCCCUCUUUAUCUGCUGAUGAGGAAUCCAGGGUAUCCGUUGAUGCUGCUGAGGAGACAGAAAAGCACCCGGAAAUCUUUCACACACUUAAAGAGUCAUUUUUGAAGUCAUUCAAAGUUAUGGAUAGAGAACUGAAGAUGCACCAAACUAUUGAUUGCUUCUGUAGUGGCACAACAGCUGUCACUCUGGUUAAGCAGGGUCAUGACCUUAUAAUUGGAAAUGUUGGCGACUCUAGAGCGGUGCUGGCUACAAGAGAUAGAGAUGAUUCUCUUGUUGCAGUACAGUUAACUGUGGAUCUAAAACCCAAUCUCCCUGCUGAAGCAGAGAGAAUUCGCAAAUGUAAAGGCCGAGUUUUUGCUCUUCACGAUGAACCUGAAGUUGCUAGAGUCUGGUUGCCAAACAAUGAUUCCCCCGGCCUUGCUAUGGCAAGGGCAUUUGGAGAUUUUUGUCUGAAAGAUUUUGGUCUAAUCUCUGUCCCUGAGGUAUCAUACAGACGCCUCACUGAUAAGGAUGAGUUUAUUGUCUUAGCAACAGAUGGGAUUUGGGAUGUGCUUUCAAACAAAGAAGUGGUAGACAUUGUGGCAUCCGCGCCGAGGCGUUCCACCGCAGCGCGAGCACUGGUUGAGUCAGCAGUUAGAGCUUGGAGGUACAAGUAUCCAACCUCCAAAGUAGAUGAUUGUGCUGUGGUUUGCCUAUUUCUUGACUCAGACAUGAACAAAGUAUACAGUGCUUCUUCCCAUGCCAAGUCCAAUGAGCCGGCUAGUUCUGGGAUCACCCAAGUCAGUAGCAAUGGUGGUGAUGAUGACGAUGAUGUUUCCGGACCUCCUGGUCUAGCAAGGUCAGGAACCUGUAGGGAAGUCAAUGGCAAUGGUACUACUUCACAUGACGAUAACAACAACAAUGAGGAAGAGUUGAAGGACGAGGAGGAGAUAGAUGCUGAUGCAGAAAAAGAGUGGUCUGCACUUGAAGGAGUAUCUCGUGUGAACACUUUGUUAACUCUCCCAAGAUUUGUCCCUGACAAAGCAGACAAGGCUGCAGCAUCAGAAGGGGUGAGAAAACGCAAAUGAAAUUGUUCAAGCAAGGAAUAUUGAGCUAGUGCUUUACCUUUUUUGUUUUUCAAAUUUCCAUUCUUAUAUCUUUUUGUUUUCCAUUAUUGUUAUAGAUACAUACAUUACAUACAUGUACCUUUUUCUUUUAUUUAUAUGUUAAGUCUAUAUCCACGAUCCAACUCAAUGGUUUGGUCUGGAAAUCUGUCAUUGCUCUCUUGCAUGCUUGGAAAUUUUGUAAAAUCAAACUCUCCAAACAAUACAUCAAUUUUUGUUUUGAUAAA